ACCUAAAGGAAAAAGUGUUGUGGAGAAUCAGUCUUCUUAGUGCAGGAAGAAAAGUUUCCAGUGUCAAAAGGUCAAACUUUAUUCGCUCGAGUGAGCCAACAAAGUUAGAUGCUCAAAAGCUCAUAUGUGUCCAACGUUUAUACAAAACUCUCAAGAGGUUUAACCCAUCUUUCACCAAUCAGGUUUCAUGAAAUCACUUUAUUUUAUUCGCCAAUCCUUCUCUCGUCUGCCACAAUUGUGUCAUGUUCCCCUCCUCUCAUCUUUAACUGUGGCAAACGUGUGGCCUUGGCCACAUUUCUUUUAAGAUUGUAGUCGCAGUAACGAUGCAGGUGUUGUAUCAAAAUCCGACUCCCCGUGAGAUUACGACUCCCCUGUUUUCCCCUAGUAAAAUUGGGGUUAGGAUUAGGGGGCGGGAUUUAGAUAUAGGGACCAAUUACAAAGCAGCAUCCUAAGUGAAUGAACCAAUCAGAAGUAGGGGAGUCGUAAUCUCACGGGGAGUCGAAUUUAGGCACAACACCGGAAAGUACCAACUUUUAAAACACUAUCUGCUGUGCAGGGUGUUUCUCCAAAUCUCAUACAAAUGACAUGUGUUCAAAAAGAAGAGGAAUACAUAGUGAACAAUGAUGAAAAACAUAAAGACAUAUAACGAAAUUCCUCCAUAAAACACGAUGUUAUUAUUAUUGUUUUAAAGAAACUAUUAGAGGGAUGCAUCUUCCAACGGACCAGUUAAAUAACAAACCAACGGCUCUACCGUCGUAAAUCCAUGCUGCGAAAUGAUGUUCACGGCGAUGUUUAAAACACGAAAGCUUACAUUUUAAACCACAAACGAUUUCCAAAUGUCAUUGAGAUGAUAGAAAUGCGCUAGAGUGUUGCAACACAAAGAUAAACAAUAGGUGCACUUGCAAACACGCUAAUAUUGACAAUUGACAUCGAGCACGUGACCAGACCAUUUAAAGUCUAUCAAACUAAUAUUCGCAUAAACAUUCCGAUAUACAUUGCGCAAAAAUCGCAUUAAAUCAUAAACAAAACUGAACUUACUCAUUCCUCAGGGUCUCGAGCUUGUUUUAAGACUUCCUGGUUUACUGGACGGCGAACUCCUCCCUCAAAAUACAACUGAAUGCUGAAACAUUCAGCCCACCUUUACAAUAUGCCUAAAACGUUCUGUCCACCCUCAAAAUAUGACUAAAAACACUCAGUCCACCCUCAAAUUGUGACUAAAUGCGUUCGGUCUUAACAAUAUGACUAAAACGUUCAAUCCACCCUCAGAAUAUAAGUAAACAUUCAGUCCGUCCUUAAAAUGUGACUAAAACAUUUAAAUCACUCUUAAUAUAUGAAUGAAACAACCAGUCCACCCUCAAAAUAUCACUAAAGAAAGUCCACUGUGUUUGACUUCAUGCGGCACUGCGCAGAUCAAUAUGCGUAUGACAUCAGGGUACCGCAGACAGCUCCUCAUAGCUGCGCCUCAUGCUUUCUAAUGCUCUCGCGAUAUUUUGCUGCUCUUCGCCGAUAGGUCCACGCAGCGCCUGACGAAACACCUGUCGUCCUGUACGUAAGUGACGUGCGUUUAAUUGGCGUGAAACGGAUUCGUUAAAAACACGGCAGCGGAUGUUUGAAUUGUUCUGUCAAGAAUAAGAUUUUGAAUUCAUCGAUAAGCGUAACGGCAAGCCUGUGGAGUCGAUGGGGAAAUUGCUUAUUUGAUUGUUCAUUAACUUUCUGCACAAAGAUGUUUUCAGUUCCUGGUUUGCCGGAUGUUGGAUCAGAUAUUACCCUUCAUGUCACAAGCGUAAACUUAAAGCCUCACAGUGUUUUAGUGGAAUUUGUAGGAAAUUUAAGUGCUGUACCAGAGACCGGCGAAGUAUAUCCUCACAUAAAAUUAGAGAUUGAUGUUGAGACCGGGAGGCAGGAUAGUUUUGAAGGCAAACCUGGAGAUGUAUGCUACGUAUGUGAUGAUGAAACCUGGCAUAGAGCAAGAAUACUUUCAAAAUCUGAACAUGAAUACAACGUGUUCUUAAUUGAUCAAGGUAAAAUAUUUUCUGCAUCAGGGAAUGUUUUAUCAAAAUGUCCGCGCAACCUUUUAGAUUUGCCACUCACUGUAGAACUUUGUGUAUUGGGCAAUGCAUCACCUCUCUGUGAAAAGAGUGGAUGGUCUGAGGGCGCUUCAGAGUUCAUCAGAUCUUUAUGUGGUAAAAGCAUCUCUGGAUGUGUUCAGGACGUGAUGAUGCCUUACAGAAUCUUAAUUCUUGAUGUUCCAAAUGUAUCCAAAGAAAUGUUUGAGCUUGGAUUUGCUAGAAAGAUAUCUGAUGAGGAUUUUAAAAGCCUUGUAACCAGUUCACUGCAUUCACCAAAACGAAACACCACCACACGAACAGAUUUCGUGAUGCCGGGUGCCCAGGACCACCCAGGUGACUCUGAAACAUUGUAUCAGUACUUUUACCCAGAGUUGUUGCCUGGAACAAUUGAGAUUGUUACUGUAACUCAUGUGGUUCAUCCAUCGAAAGUCUUCUGCAAAUUGCAUGUCUUUUCACAGGAGCUCAAGAAAUUAAGCGAUCAACUGCACAAAUGCAAUGAAGAUGUGUUACCUUCCCUGAUGUCACAACCACUUUCUGACGGGUCCCCGUGUGCAACCAAAGGAAGUGAUGACAAGUGGCAUCGUUCUGUCCUUCAGCAAAACAUAGUCUCUGAUGUCGUCAAAGUCUUUCAUGUCGAUUAUGGAAUCGGAGACUUUGUUAAACUCUGCAAUAUCAGACCUUUGUCUCCAAGGUUCUUUCAGUUGCCUGUUGUCACUUUUGCAUGCUCUCUUCAUGGGAUCCCCGACAAAGGCAUUGGAUUGCAGACCGAUCAGAUUGAUUUUCUCAAAUCUAUCAUCUUAGAUCAAGUCUUCAUUGGAAAGUUCGAGCAGCUCAGAGAAGGCGUCUAUGACAUCACGCUCUAUGGGAAAGAUAAUGUGAACGUGAACAAAGUUUUUGGCCUCACAGAGGAAUGCUUGUCUGUACCAGAGAGAAUGUGUGUUGGUGACCAAACUCUUGAGACAUUGAAGAAAGUAACAUACAGAUCUAUGAAUGAAAGUGUGCCUGUGUGCACACAUUGUUCAGCAGGUCCCUGUGAAGAUUUCGCUGCAGCCUCCAGGACUGACGGACACCAGGAAACCUCCAAGAGAAAAGAGUCACUGAAUGAAGCUGUGUCCGGGUUCCCGAUUCACAGGGAUGCUUAUGAAAUUUCACCACCCAAAAUUGAUGUAGACACAAAAGAAAAGGUGUGGAUAACUUCUGUCAGAAGUGUAAAUCAGUUCUAUGGCCAUUUUGAACAAAAUAUUGACACCGUUAGGAAAAUGACCAGUGAUAUCGAGCAACUGUGCUGCAAGCGAACUCAAACAACAUUCUCAGUUUCCCCAAAGAUGAUGUGCUUUGCCAAAUAUCCCGACGGCCAUUGGCACAGGGGACGAAUAGAAUCGACGCAUCCACAAAUACUUGUCUGUUUUGUAGAUUAUGGCAAUCUGUUGACUUUGGACAAAUCUGAAAUUCUACCCCUUACUCCGGAGGCCAGUGCAGUGGCAUCUAUUCCCAUUCAGGCUGUUGAGUUUGAACUCUUCAAUGUGACAUUACCACAGUCAUCUGAACUCAAUGAGUGGUUUGAAAACUAUGCCACAGACGGCAUGUUCUCCAUCACUGUAAUGAAACAAAAUCUUUUAGGCAAACUGUCAGUGGAGAUGCAUGAUGAGAAAACGAAUCUCAAUUUGAAAAUUAACGAGAAAUGGAACCAGGCUAAAAGGCUGAAUCAAGAAGCAAAUAAGAUCGGCACUUGCAAAGUGUUUUCAGAAGUUAUGGCGUUGGAGAGACUUAAAGAGCAUUUAAGUGUUACAACGCAAGCACAUGAGAAGAUCUGUAGGAAAGAGACUAAGCCAGUUGUUCAAAUCAAACAAAAAUGUAAUUUCCCACCCAUUAAAGCUAACAGUUCCGGGGACACAACAGGGCGUAAUGAUUCACAGCAACAUAAAGUGAUGUCUCAUUAUCCAAAACUAACAGAUCUUCCCUCAAACGCUUUAGAUGAAGGAUAUGUUACAGAUGUUUAUCUUUCACACUGUAAUAGUCCAUCAAGUUUCUAUUUGCAUUUAAAGAGUGAGGAGGAAAAAAUAUUGUCCAUUCUGAAUGAACUGAAUUGUUCUCAGUUAAGCAGUCCACAAGCUGACCUCCAUGUGUUGCAGCCGGGUGACGUUGUGCAAGCAGAGUAUCCCUCUGACGGGGCUUGGUAUCGUGCUGUUGUUCAAAACAAAGACGACGACAAGGUUCACGUGCAGUAUAUUGACUUUGGGAAUGAGGCGACACUUACGCCCCUUCAAAUAAGGCAACUCGACAAGCAGUUGCUGAACACGCCUGUGCUCAGUGUCCACUGCUCACUUGAGGGUGAUGAGUCUGGAGGAAAAAGAGAUUGGACUAAGGAAGAGGUAAUGGCUUUCAAAAAGGCAGCAGGUGAAAACAGUAAUAAGAAAAUUCUUUGCAGGUUUAUUCGCCAUGACAGAUCCGCUUGGCUGGUCCGUUUGGAACACCAGGGUGAUUUGUUGGAGUGGCCAUUGUUUGAUGUGAGCCAUCUUCAAACUGGCUCACAAAUGAUCUUCAAAAAUGAAGAUAUCCUACCAUUAACAUUCAAAGAACCAGCUGUAAAAGAACAACAAACUGUAGAAGCGUACGCUUCAUCUAUCUGUGGGCCAAAUUAUUUCUGGUGCCAGUUCAAGAACUCCGAAGAACUUGACAAAAUCUCUUUGAUUACCCAAGAAGUUGGAAACGGCACUCAAACGAAACCAAUUCAGCUAGAGCAGCUAUGCCAAGGCGUACCGUGCCUCGCACGCUUCUCGGAUGAGCUGUGGUAUCGUGCACAGGUUAUUAACAAACUAGCCAAUGCAGUAUCUGUUGUUUUUAUAGAUUAUGGAAACGAGUUAGAAAUUGACCUGAACUCUGUGAAGUCCCUGUCCCGUGAGCUACUGGAAAGGCCACCUCAAGCAUUUCUUUGUCAGCUAGGAGGUUUCAAGUCUACACAUGGCAUGUGGAGCGACGUUGCAUCCGAGACAUUUUUUGAACUUCUGGUGGAUGAGCCUUUAAACGUGACUAUUCAGAACACGGGAAUGUCCUCUGAUUUUCCUAAGUGUCCUCAGUAUAAUGUGGCGGUUGAAUGUAAGGGGCUUCUGGUUAAUGAUCUCAUGAAAGAUUAUUGGUGUGAUCUGAAACCUAAAAUCUGCAGUCAAGGCACUAAAGUGAAAACCAUUGAAAGUGUCCAGAAAGAUGACAUCGCCAAAACUGAUUUGGUUCAGUUCAGAAAAAAAGUUGUAAAUGCACAGAAGGGUCCUAAACAACAUUUACCUCAAGUAACAAGCCUUCCUUCUCGUGUGAUAAAAAGAGGUAUGGUGUCUGAAGUUUAUAUUUCGAAUAUCACCAGUCUGAGGGGUUUUUUUGUGCAGCUGGCUGAAGAUGAGGAUACUUUGUUUUCUCUCAAUGAACAAUUAAAUUCCUCUCAGAUAUCAGAGGCCGAUGUCAUUCACGCAUGCAGUGUUCAGAAGGGGAGUUUGGUGAAGGCUGUGUUUCCUGAAGAUGGUUGCUGGUAUCGUGCAGUUGUCAAGGGAACCACAAAGGAUGGCUUGAUUCAGGUGGAGUUCAUCGAUUUUGGAAAUGAAGCCACUGUUUCUCUGUCUAAUAUCUGCAGGCUUGAUAAGCAGCUACUUUCUUAUCCAAGGUUUAGCAUUCGUUGCAGCUCCAACAUUGAGGAUCGAUUUAAAAUCCAGCAGGGAAUUGAGGAGGAUAUAUUUGGGCAGGCUGGUGAGAACAAACUUUCUUGCAAGUUUAUUAAAAAAGACACGACCACUUGGGAGGUUAUAAUGGCGCUCAAGGAGAGCUCGGCAGAUUCAUUGUUGGGUGAAAAAUGGGAUGAUUCAGAUCUGAAGGGGUUACAGAUUCACUGUUCCAAACAAAUGCCAUCGUCCAUUCCUGUGAAAGAAAAACAGAUGCUGUUUAAGAAACCAGAUGUGUCUUUGGGACAGACGGUAGAAGCUUUCGCAUCAUGUAUUGUUGGACCGAAUUAUUUCUGGUGCCAGUUUGCAAACUCUGGACAACUUGACCAAAUUUGCCUUGCAGCUCAAGAAUAUGGAAACUCAAAUGAGACACAGCAAAUUCAAAUGGAUCGCUUGGGUCCUGGAAGCCCGUGCUGGGCUCGUUUCCCUGAUGACCUGAUGUGGUAUCGCGCACAAGUUAUUAAAAAAUGCAACGACACAGUAUCUGUACUUUUUAUUGACUUUGGAAAUGAGUCCGAUAUCCAUGCAAGUUCUUUGAAAGCACUUCCCUGUAACUUAUAGGAGAGUCCACCUCAAGCAUUUCUGUGUCAGCUGGAAGGAUUUGCACCUUCAGAAGGAUCGUGGGACGAUAGUGCAGCUGAUCAUUUUCACAAGCUUCUGGUGGAUAAACCUCUGAAAGUUAUUGUAAAUGGCAUUGAAAACACUGUAGACCCCAACAUCCCUCCAUAUUAUGUUAAAAUUGAGAUGCAGCAAUGCAGUAUAGUGAAUGAGCUCAUGAGAAACUUUUGGAGGGCUUCUGUGAGGCGAGAUGAAAAUCCCACUGAGGUCUCAUCUGAAGAUGCUGCAUCAACAUCUGUGGAUAGUCAGAUGAGUGAAACUCAUUGUGUUCCUCAUCAUGGAGGUUAUAAAGAGUUGAGAGCAAAUGGAGAUUUGCCUGAGGUACUCUAUGGUAAAGACGUGACUGCUAACAGGCCUAUAAGGAUGGAUUCACUUUCAGAAAACCACGAAGAAAUCUUUGAGUCCGUUGAUAGAGUUCCUGUUGUAUCAGUUAAACAAGCGUUGUCACACACAGAGGACAACAGAAAAGAUACAGAAGAUAUAGCGUCUGAAAAAGAUGCCCUGGCAACAAUGAGCAGGAGUAGAAGCUGGGCAGCUGGUUUAGAAAGUCGAACAUUUCCCAUGGUUGGCACUGAAGAACACUGCGACUCCAUCAAGUGAAUCCCAGAAUGAGCAGCUUUUUAAGCAUAUUUAUUGCUGGGGUGGGAAGUUUGAAGGUUUAGUACUUUACAGUUUUUUUUAUACAUGGGAAGAAUUUGUAUUUAUAUAUGCCACUGAUGAAUAUUUGUUCCAAGUAGAUGUCUCAUCUCCUAAACGAGGCGAUGAGAUGUAAUAGAAUGUUUUAAGUAUGUCAAUCAUCAUGUUAGUUGACAUUUUUAAACAUUAAGCUUGAUUGCAUUUCUGUGGUUUGCAGUUGAAUUCAGAGUGUAUACAUACGUUUUUUUUUUUCAAAAUAAAUUGUGUGCAUUGUAAAUAAAUAU